AUGAAAAAUUUGAGUUUAAAAUCUAAUAGUCUUAAAAUAUUUUUAAUAUACUUGUUCUUAUUUUAGCAACAUGUUCUCUGUUUAGAUACUUCAUAGUGUUCAAAUUAUGAAGAUCCUAACAAAUGUAUGAAUACUUAAAUUAAAAGAGAUGGUAAAUUCUACUAUGACAGAAUAGAGAAAUCCAAGUAAACUGAUCUAGCUGUACCUCUCUUAUCAGAUGAGUAUUAGUUUACAAUGGCUUACUCUCACUUUGAAAAUAACAAACAUAAUGAUAAAGCUGUUUUUGAAUUAUUUUUUAGAGUUAACCCAUUCUAAGGAGAGUAUACUGUGUUCGCAGGAGUUGAAGAAGUUAUUUCUUUUCUAAAAUAUUUUAAAAUCACUGAUGAGCAUAUUGAAUAUAUGAGAAAGAUUAUGCCUCCUCACACUAAAGAAGAGUUUUUUGAUUGGCUUAAAACUUUAGAUUGCAAAUAAGUUAAGCUUUAUACUAUGAAUGAAGGUAGUUUAGUUUUUCCUAAAGAACCACUAAUUUAAAUCGAAGGACCUCUUAGCUUACUGCUUAUCUUAGAAAGUCCAUUAAUUGCAUUAACAAGUUUUCCAACUCUAGUAGCAACAAAUGCUGCUCGUAUGAGAAAAGUAGCAGGAAAUAAAACACUUUUAGAGUUUGGUUUAAGAAGAGCACAAAGUCCUGGUGCAGCUUUGGUAGCAUCAAGAUAUGCAUAUAUGGGAGGAUUUAAUGAAACAAGCAACCUAUUAGCAAGUAGCAAAUACGAUAUUCCAGUCUCUAGUACUAUGUCUCACUCAUAUGUAACUUCAUAUACUUCAUUAGAUGAAGUACACGAUUUUCUUCUUAAUGGAGUUAACAUAAAAUAAAAAGCUCUCUACUAUAGAUAAGUCUUAAAAUUCUCAAAAACUAGUGAUAGCGAAUUAUCUUCCUUCAUUGCUUUUUCUAAAAGUUUUCCUCAUAAAUUUAUUUGUCUGGUUGAUAGUUUUGAUUCUUUAAAAUCUGGAGUUCCAAAUUUCCUUGCAGUAGCUUUGGCUUUAAUAGAUGCUGGCUAUUAGCCUAUAGGUGUUCGUUUAGAUUCUGGAGAAUUAGACUUACUUUCAAUUGCUGCAAGACAAAUUAUAGAUAAUGCCGGCCUUGUAGUUCAGAAAGAUUUAUCAUUUAUCAAAAUUAUGGCUUCUGACAGUAUUAAUGAGAGCAAAAUAAAAUAGUAUAAUAUGAGGGGAAAUGCAAUUGAUAUUUUUGCAAUUGGAACAGAGAUUGUCACUUGCAAGAGUUAACCUAAUAUGGGAAUAGUUUACAAGCUUGUUGAAGUAAAUGAAUUAGCUAAACUAAAAUUCUCUGAGGAUAUAGCAAAGUCAACUUUGCCAGGCAGGAAGGCUGUAUAUAGAGUUUGGGUUGAAUCUUAAUCAGUACCUGUAGCAGACAUUAUUGCAUUGCCUGAAGAAAAGAUAGAAGGAUAGAGCAAAAUUAGAGUUGUUUCUCUCCAAAAAACUCAAGAAAGAUAUACAAUAAUUCCUAAAAAAAUUUAAAGAAUUUUACACCUUGUUUGGGAAAAUGGAGAGAUUGUAAAUCCAGUUUUUGAUUUAGAAGAGUCUAAAUAGUAUUUAGAGUAAUAAAUGUAAACUUUUGAUGAAUAGAUCAUCCAUGAUCAAAAGAUCAACAAAAGAUACUUAAUUGUCACUACAGAAAAGUAUUGGUCAUAUUUCCAAAAGAGUGCAGAAAAUGUUCUUAUUCCAAAAAUUAUUGCAUGA